UCAGCCAUCAUGAUCCAUAGAACUCUCUUCCCCCGCUCUUCAUGGCCUCGUUCUUGCCUUUCUUCAUCCUCUUUCUCUAAGCUUGGAGGCGGCUGCCAUGGCGAUGCGUCUAGGGCUGUAUCUUCCAUGCCGGAACCUUGCCGGUCAUCGCCUUUCAGCGAUGAUGAGAGCCGUGAUAUUGAUUGGGAUAGCCUUGGAUUUGGGCUGUUGCCAACAGAUUACAUGUAUGUUAUGAAAUGCUCUGAAGAUGAGAAUUUCGAACGAGGUCAGCUGAGUCGUUAUGGGAACAUUGAGUUAAGCCCUGCUGCUGGGGUUCUAAAUUAUGGCCAGGGAUUGUUUGAAGGUCUGAAAGCAUAUAGGAAAGAAGAUGGAGGCCUUCUUCUCUUUCGUCCGCACGAUAAUGCUCUUCGUAUGAGGACCGGUGCCGAACGAAUGUGUAUGCCGUCGCCCUCUGUCGAACAAUUUGUUGAUGCUGUGAAGCAAACUGCCAUUGCUAACCGGCGUUGGGUCCCUCCGUCCGGGAAAGGAUCAUUAUACCUGAGGCCCUUGCUCGUCGGAACUGGUCCCGUUCUCGGCUUGGCUCCGGCACCUGAAUAUACUUUUCUUGUUUAUGCUUCCCCUGUUCGCAACUAUUUCAAGGAAGAUUCAGGAGCCUUGAACCUAUACGUCGAGACCAAGUUCGAUCGUGCAUCUCGUGGUGGAACUGGAGGUGUGAAAACCAUCUCAAAUUAUGCUCCAGCUUUAAAAGCUAUCACCAGAGCCAAAAGUAGAGGCUUUUCUGAUGUCUUAUAUCUUGAUUCAGUGAAUAAGAGAACUCUGGAGGAAGUUUCUUCUUGCAACAUUUUUCUUGUCAAGGGAAAUGUUAUAUCAACUCCUGCUACAAGUGGAACGAUUCUUCCAGGAGUAACCCGGAAAAGCGUCAUCGAUAUAGCCCGUAAUCGCGGUUACGAGGUUGAGGAACGGGCUAUCGACAUGGAUGAACUGUCCGACGCUCGUGAAGUUUUCUGCACGGGAACUGCUGUCGGUGUGGCCCCUGUUGGCAGCAUCACUUGUCUGGAUAAAAGGAUUGAGUACCAAACAGGUGCUGGGACAACAUGUCAGGAACUAUACUCAACUCUUGUUGGGAUUCAAACUGGAACCACCGAGGAUAAGAUUGGCUGGACUGUUGAGAUCUCUUAAGUUUUCAUUUCGCCUAUUGAUAUGAAUCAUAAAUUGUGUGUCGCAUGUGAGAGGAGGAAGGUAUGAACCUCUCUCAAAUUUUGAUGAAUUAAUGUGGGACGAAGGUAUGUAUCUCUC